AGACAUCCAGAGCCUGCAGCAUUUUAGAGACAGGGUUGGGGACGUGGGCAGCAGGACAGAUGGCAGCAACCCUGGGUAUAGAACCAGCCAGAGUGUAGCAUAGGUCUGGUCAAGAACCUGGGGAGCAGGCAGUUGCUGGCAGUUGCUUGAGGUCCAAGUGGAAGUGGAAAGAGGCAGCCAAUUGAAACCAAUCUCUCCAAAACAAAACCCAAAAAAUAAAUUUUGGAUAUUAGCCAUUUAUCAGAUCUAUGGUUUGCAAAUAUUUUCUCUCAUUUUUUGAUUCUUCAUCUACUCUGUUCAUUAUUUCUUUCCUGUAUAGAAGCUAUUUAGUUUGAUUAAGCCCCCUUAGUCUAUUUUCCUCUUUGUCUAUGAUUUCAUUUCAAGGAAAUCAUUGCCCAGAAAAAUUUCAUGAACAUUCUUCUCUGUUUUUUUCUAGUGGCUUUAUAUAAGGGAUCUUCAUAAAGUUACUGAAAAAUAUAUGAUAAAAAUUAUAGGUGGAUUUCAAAUUUUUGCACAAAAAUAAACACAUCCUAUCUUUUUAUAAUAUAUAUGAAAAGGAUCUAUUUAGAGGCAAUAAGAAAGAUAGAGCAUCAGUUUGGAAAGAGCACCUAUCAGAGUGAGAUUAAUUUUGCUAAAAUUGUGGAAAGAACAAACAUGAAAUUUAUGUUGAUGUUGGGGUAUAAUAAUGCUGAAAUCAUGGAUUCUCUUGAAGAUUUAUUUGUAUGAAAGGUUGUGUGCAAGAGAAAGAGAAUGAGAGUGAGAGUGAGAGAGAUUUUCUAUCUGUUGAUUGACUCUCCAAAUGACCUCAAUAUUCCAGGUCUGAUCCAGACUGAAACCAGGAGCCAAGAACUCCAUGUUAGAUUCCACAUUGGUAGAAGAGGCCCAACUAUAUGGGGUAUCUUCCACUGCCUUCCCAGGCACAUCAUCAGGAAGCUAGAUCAGAAGAUAAGCAGCUGUGCACUAGAAUAGGCACUCUGACUGGGUUGCCACCAUUUCAAGCUGUGGCUUAACCUGUUGUGGCCCUCAGGUUUUUGUAUUCUUUUAUCACCAGUCAUUGGAUGUGAGCUGCACUUAAAAGGAAUAGUAAACUUGAAUGCAAGGCAAUAGUAAACUUGCCGCAAGGUGGAGGAUUAGCCUAUUGAGCCAUGGCACCGGCCCAAGAUUGUUUUGUAAGAAUGAGAAGUCUGAGCAGUAUGAGAUUCCCUAGCACACUGGAAACUGAAGUUUCCUAGCAUAGCCAUUCACAUGUACAGGUUUAGGGGUGAUGACCAACACUGGACAGAUAUGGGCGGGGCAGUGCUGUUGCCUCCUCUGCCUCUCUUCCAUCCACCCCCCAGCCCCACCUUGUGAACUUUAGCUCAGUGUGCCUCCUGCCAAUUAGAAUGCUAAACUUGCCUUUGUCCAGCUGUGCCUCUGAAUCCUUUGGGGCUUACCGGUUAGUAAUAACAUCCUGACAGCCCAGGCAUCUUACAGUCACCAUCUCUGCUUUGGGGGUGUAUCAAGAUUGGAUUUCCUUUUCAGGGUAAUGAUGACAGAACCUGUGGUGAGAUGCUGCACAGGAUUUCAGGUGUGGAAAAUGUGCUCUGGUUUAGGGUUUAUGACUGGAGGAAUACUGUUGACACCUGACUUCUGCCUUUCCUACAGCCUUUAUAGGGAUUAUUUCUUGACUUGGAUAGUUUGGCUCUGAGUCUUCCACUAAGUCUGGUCUGACAACAUUUAGGAAUCUUAAGUUUAUUUCUCCCUGUCAGAGUAAAUUUUUUUCUUGAGAUCUUACCUGGGUGCUAUCAGGGAGAGAAAAUAACCUAGAUUGAGGUAGAUUAGGGGAUAAUAAAUUGCUGCAACCUAACUGGUGAGUUUGCAGAUACCUAUUAAUCUCCUUAAACUUUCAUGGUCAACGUGAGGCAUUUACAAAGACAUUCAUCAUAGUCAUACUAUGGAAUCCUCAUGAUCACAUUCAUUGCAUGGGGGCACAGCUGAUUUAGCUCCUUUGUCCAGGUCUUUCCAGAGCUAGUACUUGUGUUAACUACCUUGACUGCACAACUGUAGCUAUACAGACCUUGAAUGAUGUGUUUGCUUUCCUCUCUGUUAUUUAGAGACUUCUCUGUGGCCUUUCUGAAUAAAAGCUGCCCUUUGUUAUUGUUACCCCAAGGAGUGCAGAAGUUCAUUGUGGAGGUGAACUCACUCCUCCUGGAGCUGAGUAGGGAGGGCUGUAGUUGAGCCUUUCUGAAUCUGGGGAUUUUCUCUUUUGCUAAGUUCUGUCUGGUUUUGCGGAGUCUCCAUCUAGGCUGACUUAAGACUUUAAAAGAUGCAUCCUUUAGGACAGUCCAGAUACCAGGAAAACAAUACCUCUGUAUCAGGUGUCUUUUCUUGAUUAUCUAUGUGUCUCAUAUGUUGCCUGGAACUCUGCUUCUGAGUGCUUUGAUUUUUGUUAACUCCCAUUAGGACAUUUUCACCAAUCCACUAUUUUGUGCCCUCCUCUAAUCUCUGUCUUCUUGUCUUGUCCUUUUCCCCACUAUUAUGGAGUUCAGGUCAUUUUUUUUUUAAUGAUUUAUUUAUUUAUUUGAAGGAGUUAUAUAUAAAGAGAAGGAGAGGCAGAGAGAGAGGUCUUUCAUCCACUGGUUCACUCUCCAAUUGGCCACAAUGACCAGAGCUGUGCUCAUCCAAAGCCAGGAGCCAGGAGCUUCUUCUGGGUCUCCCACAUGGGUGCAGGCACACAAGGACUUGGGCCAUCUUCUGCUGCUUUCCCAGGCCAUAGCAGAGAGCUGGAUUGGAAGUGGAACAGCUGGACUGGAACCGGCGCCCAUAUGGGAUGCUGGCACUGCAGGUGGUGGCUUUACCUACUCUGCCACAGCACCGGCCCCCUGGGUCACUGUUAAGAAGGAGAUUAAGGAGAGUAGGAUCUGUUACAGCCCAUGGAGGCUUCCUUUCUCACUAGAGGCGGUAGCAGAAGUGACUACUAGUGACCAGUGGAACCCCUCCUUUCUGACUCACUUCUAGGAUUCCAUCAUAGGCUCUAGUAGAAGAGAGAUUUAGCAGCCCUUUUCUGACAUGAAAUGCCCAGAAUCACCUUUGAGGUGAGGAACAUUGAGGCUCAGUCACUUUAUUUUUCAAUAGACACCCACUGGCUGCUAUAUCAUUCUUGUCAUUCAAGUUCAAUCUCUUUCUCAUCAAGUAUUUGUGGUUCCCAAUUCUUUGAAAUGCUUACACAUUUAUUUAUUUGUCCUUUACAUUAGUCACAUGGAUACUUAUUUAUUCAGCCAACAUUACCAAGUAACAACCAGAUACCAAAUAAUUCUAGAGUUUGCCCUGGUACUACCAUAAUGAGAAAGGCAUACUCCAUAUUAUUCAAGGAAUCACUCCCGACAGAUUUUACAGCAUGAGAUAAUCAGUGUCAGGACAAAGCAGUAAAGGGAUUGUGAUAGGGAAGAAAAGGAGAAACCUCAUGCUGUCUUACAGAAUUGCAGGACCAUUUCACAGAGGAGAUCUUGCUUGUAUCAAACUCACAUCAAUAUAUAGGAAUUGAAUAACAUCAGCUCAUUGAAUAUUGUCAUAUGCUUCCUGUUCAGAGAAGUAAAUACAUCUUUACACUCUAGGAAUAAAUGUCUUCUGCUUUUCCUCUAUGAAUCACAUGCUCAAUAAUCCACUCUAAGUUUUUACUCCAGGCUCACAAGCUGUGCAGUACAAAGAAAGAGGCAGGUUAUACUAAAAAGUCUGUGUCUCUGCUUCAAUCAUUCCCCCACUGUCUUGUGGCUUCAGCUCCACUGCUCUGUGAAUCUCUCAUUAAAUUUAUUAAUAAAUUCCUUUAGAAAGCCAAGAAUGCCUUCCAUUCACACAGUAGUUCUCUGACAGCCAAAAAUGAGAAAGAACUGAAAUGUGUGGAAGAAAGGGAGUAGCAGAGGAAGGCAAUCAAUUUUCUCACCAUGUGGAAGGAAUGUAAAGCAUGGAAAGAAUUUUUUAAAGAUUCUGAGAUUCCCCUUGGAGAUCUCAACAAAAAUGUCAUGUAUUUUAAAUUGUCUCUGGAAGAAAAACAAAGGCAUGGAGAUACAUGCCUCUUGGAAUUUCAGAUUUUGUAGUUGUUACAUUCAGAGCUUUGGGGUUGUAUUUUAGUCCAUAUUAAUUUAUGAAAAAGACAUACUGACAUUCUAUAGAUGCCUAAUCCAUAGAACUGAGUCGUGCUCAACUUUUAUUCAUCUUUAUAUACCCAUGUGCACACCCUCCUCAGCACAGAAAAGAACUAACAUAGACUGUACCUGUAUUUUAAGACAAACAUCCAGACAAGUGUUUUGUUUUAAGGCUCAAGAUGUGAAUUACAUGGAGAAGGUUAAGCAAAAGACCUACUUAUUUGGUCCUUCAUGUCAGAGACACUGGUUACUGAAACAUCACACUGAGAGACAGGCAUGAAAAGUCUGACACAGAAAUGCAGUCCCAGAGACAAAAGAAGGAAAGAAUAUUGUGAUCUCAUACUCUGUCAUCUUUUAUUAUUACUGUUAAUGAUAAGUAUAAUUUAUAAAAUAACCUAUAUAUCAGAAUUUUGUACACAUCAUUUACUAUGUAUUUACUAUAGUGUUGAUAUUAUUUUAUCUUCCCAUUACAUGGGAAAAUUAAGACUCAUUGAGAUUAAAUAGUCAGCCAAGGUUUCAUUCCUAGAAUAUGAAAUGGACAAUAUUGGAACCCAAGUUUGUCUGCCUCUGAAGUUUGUAUUUAUUACACUACAUGUGGAUGUCCACCAUGCUAGCUUGUAAGUAUGAACUUUAAAGAGACGUGGCUCGUUCUUGUGAAGCAAACCAUUAAAACACUGAAAAAAUUCCUACAAUACUGAUAAACCAGAAAGUUAUGGAUGAACAAAGGAGAGUAACAAAAGAUAGUGCUCCAGAUAUACUCAAUAUUGGCCAACACAGGCAUCAAGUCCUUUCUGAAGGGCAGGAGGCAGUGGACUCUGAAUUUUGAAGUAGGAGGAGGACCAAUUGACAUAAAGGAAUAAGAAAAAAGAAUAUGUAAAAGGCUUAAAUAAAUUACAGUGGUAUACUCAUACAACUCCAAGAAUGUCAGAAUGUUUGAAGCAAAAUAAACAUAUGGAGAUAUGUUAACUGUAAAACAAAACGAAUGCUGAAAAAAUAACCUUUGCAAACUUCUUCUGAUAGUGUUAAAAGUUUUAUUUUUCUGUAUUUUAAAUUCACUGAAUGAUUUUAGCAAUAGGCAUAACAUGAUGACAUCUGCAUUUUAGAAAAAAUCCUCAUUUCAGAGUAGGUUAGGGGAAUAAGACAAAAGCAGAGAGAUCUUUUAGCAAUCUGGGUGAGAGAAACUUGUAGUGUGAACUAAGGCAGUGACAUUGGGUGUUGAAAAAAAUGAGCAGCUAUAGGAAGGGCUAAAAAUAAAGUCAACCGGAAUUAAUCAAUAAGGAUAAGAGGGACAAAUGAAUAUAGACAGUUUACAAAUUUAUAGUUCAUGUUGGACAGGUAGAUUAUAAUGUAAUUCAUAAAAAUAUUGAAGAAAAGGCUAUAGGACAUCCUUGGGAAGGAUAGAUGGGUUAACUUCAUUUUGAACAUGAUGAGUGCCUGGUGUAGAUAUUCAGAAAGCAAAAGCAAAAUAGGUUUAUAUUUCAGAGAGCUAUUUGACUUAUGAACUUGGAAGAAAUAAAAAUAUAUAGAUAGUUAAAACAAGGCAAUGGAUGAACUGAGUUCAAAGCUAAUGUUCAAAAUAGGAAAGAGAAUAGGAUAGAACCCAGGGAUUAACAACAGGUAGUAAAAUGGAGAAGACAGUGAGACUGAGGCUAUAGGAGGAACAAUGAUAGAGUUCUAAAUUAAGGAAGAUUAGUUUCAAAGAUAAUAGUUUAAUUUCUGGUGCCAGUAAUGCGGAUAGGGUAAUUAAAAGAACCUUUCAAAUGGAAAAUUGCAAAAUACAAGUAAUUAAGUAGUAGAGGUUAGCAGCUCAUGUUUAUUCUGAUCUCUAAACACAACUAGACUAUCCUAAAUCAGAUCUGUGGGAGUUUCACCUGUAAGAACAUUGUCUCCAGAAGAGGAUACUUUUUUCCUUGUAUCUAACUUUAUUGCUUUAUGUUGCAGUUUAAGUCUCUUUAUUCUUCUCAUGAAGAUGGUAGCCAAAUCUGGCCAAUGUGAUACAAAAUCAAGAAUGGAGAAAUCAUGACUUCAGUUUCUUUUCCUUCAUCUCUUUCUAAGACAUUGAUGAUGACUCUAAGCAAUUCUAGUUGGAGGCUACCCCAGCCGUCUUUUUUCCUGGUAGGUAUUCCAGGUUUAGAAGAAAGCCAGCACUGGAUAGCAUUGCCCUUGGGUGUCCUUUACUUCCUUGCGCUAGUUGGCAAUGUUACCAUUCUCUUCAUCAUCUGGACAGAUUCCUCCUUGCACCAACCUAUGUACCUUUUCCUGGCCAUGCUAGCUGCUAUUGAUCUUGUCCUGGCCUCCUCCACUGCACCCAAAGCCCUUGCAGUACUCCUGGUUCAUGCCCAUGAGAUUGGGUACAUUGUCUGCCUCAUUCAGAUGUUCUUCAUUCAUGCAUUCUCCUCAAUGGAGUCAGGGGUACUUGUGGCCAUGGCUCUGGAUCGCUAUGUGGCCAUUUGUCAUCCUCUGCACCAUUCCACCAUCCUGCAUCCGGGGGUCAUAGGGCGCAUUGGAAUGGCAGUGCUAGUGCGGGGAUUACUUCUUCUCAUUCCCUUCCCCAUCCUGUUGCAGAACCUUAUCUUCUGCCAGGCCACCAUCAUAGGCCAUGCUUAUUGCGAGCAUAUGGCUGUGGUAAAACUUGCCUGCUCAGAAACUGCAGUGAACCGAGCUUAUGGGCUAGCAGUGGCACUGCUUGUGGUUGGGCUAGAUGUUCUAGCCAUUGGUAUUUCCUAUGCCCUCAUACUCCAGGCAGUGCUGAAGGUACCAGGGGUUGAGGCCCGAUUAAAGGCCUUUAGCACUUGUGGCUCUCAUGUUUGUGUCAUCCUGGUCUUCUAUGUCCCUGGAAUAUUCUCCUUCCUCACUCACCGCUUUGGUCAUCAUGUUCCCCAUCAUGUCCAUGUUCUUCUGGCCACACUCUAUCUUCUUGUGCCACCUGCCCUCAAUCCUGUUGUCUAUGGGGUGAAGACUCAUCAGAUCCGCAAGCGAGUUCUCAGAGUGUUGUACACAAAAUGAUUGAUCUUAACACACCCUGAUUAUGUCCUUCUGCUCUUGCCAAAGACAAAAUCAGGAGCUCACAACUGGUCUAAAUUAUAUAGAAAGAGGCCAUUCUAUAAUGAGUAUUUCUGCAAGUCCUUAUAGUUUCAUGACAAAAAUAUCCGCAAGUCCUUGGUUUCACAGCCUAUUGAGAUUUAGCUGGAUCACUGGAUUUGUGAAUAUUUCACCUGCUCUUUAUUUUGCUCCUAAUUUCAACAUUUCCCUACUUCUUGUGUUAGGAGUACUUGGGGUUGGAAGAGAUGGAUGACAGCUCUGGACAUGCCAUCUUUCCUUCCUUUUCCCAGGGAAUGUAUGCAAUAUUUUCUGGAAUUAGGAUGAAAGCUUUCAACCUUUACCUGAUUUUAGGGUUAAAGUGUCUUCAAAGCCACUGUUACUGCUGUGACUCCAGUUCACUGGGCUCAUAAGGGAGUCCUUCAUUACAGCUAAGAAGGCCACAUGUGAGAAAAUACAUUUCACCAUAGGAAUUAUGUUGCUAUUUAUUUAAAACAAACAUAAGUGGUAUAAGUCCUAUAAUCGGGCCUAGGAUUUAUAAUAAGAUAUGAUUUACAUUUUCAAGGAAAGUAUAUAUGUAUCUAGUAUAUUUCUUCUUUA